AUGUCUGAAACAAAUGUCACUAUCCCCAAGGGCUCUUUGAUACUGGUCACCGGUGCCAACAGUUACCUAGCAUCGCAUGUGAUACUACAAUUUCUCCAACGAGGAUACAAGGUCAGAGGCACCGUCCGAGACAUUGAGAAAACAUCCUGGCUAGUUCAAGAUCUCUUCAAGACAGCCUCGGAGAGCGGUAAUUUCGAGCUCAUUCAAGUGUCUAACUUCAUCACCCCAAAUGCCUUCAACGAAGCUGUCAAGGGCGUCUCCGCUGUCAUCCACGUCGCCACACUGGGCCUCGAUCCAAACCCCAACAAUGUCCUGCCUCAAAUUGUUGUCGCCACCAACUCGAUCCUGGAGUCGGCCUCAAAGGAGCCUUCGGUGAAAGAAUUUGUUUAUACCAGUUCAAUCGCUACUAUGGUUAUUCCUAGUAUGGACCAAGUUCACCUCACCUCCGACUCCUGGAAUGAUGCAGUAGUGGAGCUUGCUUGGGCACCUCCGCCGUACGAGCCUAGUCGGGCCUAUAUCGUGUACGCAGCAGGCAAAACUAUUGCAGAGAAAGCUUUGUGGGAGUUUGUUGAAAAGAGAACUCCCCAUUUCAAUGUCAACUCAAUUAUUCCAGCAAGCAUAAUGGGUGAAUGUCUCAGCAAAAGUCACGUUGAGCUUCCUCAGAUGUUUGUCAAGGCUCUGUACGAUGGAAAUUUAGUCGCACUGCAGCAGCUCCUCACAACUCCAGGAACUAUCCACACUGACGUGAAAGAUACUGCACUUCUCCACGUUGCAGCGGCUCUCGAUCCUGAGAUCAAGAAUGAGCGGCUUUUUUCCUGGGGCGAAUCAUGCACGUGGAAUGAAAUUCUUGCUUUGAUGCGAGCUGCUGCUCCUGCGCGGAAAUUUGUUGACGACUUGCCGGGCGAGAGACUCAAGCUGACGGCAGAUGAUGGCAAAUCUCUGGACUUGUUGAAGAAAUGGUCUGGCCAAGAGGGAUGGACACCUUUGAUAGAGACAAUCACUGACAACAUGACCAAUAUCAUGAAGUGGUUUCCUUAA